AUGACCCACCAAACCCAUGCCUACCACAUAGUAAAUCCUAGCCCAUGACCACUAACGGGAGCUAUAUCAGCUCUACUCUUAACCUCAGGAAUAAUCAUAUGAUUUCAUUUCCAUUCUAUCCUGCUCCUAUUUAUAGGACUUUCUACCAUACUUCUAACAAUAUACCAAUGAUGACGGGAUAUUGUACGAGAAGGCACCUAUCAAGGCCAUCACACCCCCGUAGUGCAAAAAGGUCUGCGCUACGGCAUAAUCCUUUUCAUCACAUCAGAAGUCUUUUUUUUCCUAGGCUUUUUCUGGGCUUUCUACCAUUCAAGCCUGUCCCCAGCCUUAGAAUUAGGAGGCUGCUGGCCCCCUGUGGGAAUCUAUCCACUUAACCCACUAGAAGUACCAUUAUUAAACACAGCUAUUCUCCUGGCGUCAGGUGUUUCUAUCACUUGAGCCCAUCAUAGCCUAAUAGAAGGUAGCCGCAAACAAAUAAUUCAAGCUCUAACAACUACUAUUGCUUUAGGUUUGUACUUUACAAUUCUGCAAGCUACAGAAUAUUAUGAAGCCCCUUUUACUAUCUCUGACGGGAUUUACGGAUCAACAUUCUUUGUGGCAACAGGCUUCCACGGCUUACAUGUAAUUAUUGGUUCUCUCUUCCUAAUCGUAUGCCUUAUCCGACAACUCUUUUACCACUUCACAUCUACACAUCAUUUUGGAUUUGAAGCCGCUGCCUGAUACUGACACUUCGUAGAUGUUGUAUGAUUAUUCCUAUAUGUUUCUAUCUACUGAUGAGGUUCUU